GGCCGUAAGACGUCUCUCAGCUCGCAAUCGCAGACCAGACGAGACGGCGUCCCGGAGUCCGGAAGCGCCCGAACGCCGCCGUCGCUGUCGACACCGCUCCACUCGCCCGUACGCCGAUGGAUCCUGGCGCGACGGUCGACCCCGCCAGUUCCAGCACGUCCACGCUGCGGAAGCGGCUGGCCUCUAUUGACACGUCUCGACGAGGAGAUGGCCCGCGAGAGCCCGCAGCGCCGAGGCCAGAGCGGGAGAGCAAGGCGCGGCAGGGGCACGAGCAGGAGGCGAGCUCGAUGGCGCCGGCGGAGGAGCAGGUGGAGGCGGAUCAGGCGGCGGGGAGGGACGUGGAGGCGGGGGAGCCGAUGAGCCCCGCGGGGCGGCUGUUCCGGGAGACGCACUUCAACUGCUACAUCGUGGCCGUGAUCGGGCUGGGCUCGGCGGUGGACGUCGCGGCGGUGCGCGCGGGGCUGGAGGCCACCCUCGUCCGCCACCCACGCUUCUGCAGCGUCCAGGUGCUGGACGAUGUGAAGAAGGAGGCGAGGCCGCGGUGGGUACGGACCACCGUGAACUUGGACGACCACAUCAUCUUUCCCCACCUGGACCCCACCACCACGUCGGCCAACCCGGACCUGGCCGUGGAGGACUACCUGUCGUCCUUGUCCACGAAGCCCAUGGACCAUUCCUACCCGCUGUGGGAGUUCCACAUCCUCGACUUCCCGACCUCCGAGGCGGCCGCCACCGUCGCUGUCCGCAUGCACCACUCCCUCGGCGACGGCAUCUCGCUGCUGUCCCUCCUCAUCGCAUGCACCCGCAGCGCCGCGGACCCGGCGAGGCUGCCGGAGCUGCGGACCGCGCCGCGCCGGUCGGGCCCCGUGCACGCCCGGCCGCGCCCGCCGCUGUCCGCCGGGUUCGCGGCGCUCGUCGUGUGGGCGUGGUCGUACGUCGUGCUCGCGUGGCACACCCUGGUGGACGUCGCGCGCUUCGUGGCCACGUCGUGGUUCCUGCGCGACGCGCGCACGCCGUUCAUGGGGUCAGAGGGCGUCGAGUUCCGCCGCAAGCGCUUCGUGCACCGCACCCUCAGCCUCGACGACGUCAAGUUCGUCAAGAAUGCCAUGAAGUGUACUGUCAACGAUGUACUGAUUGGAGUGACUUCUGCAGGAAUGUCGAGGUAUUAUUUCCGGAAGACAAGUGACGCUGACAGCAAGAGGAAAACAUCACAGCAAAACAUUUGCGUGCGAUCAGCUCUCCUUGUUAACAUUAGGAAAACACCUGGCUUACAUGCAUUGGCAGAAAUGAUGGAUUCUAGUAAGCACAACAAUGCAAAAUGGGGAAAUCAAAUUGGUUACAUCAUACUACCUUUCCAUAUAGCCAUGCAUGAUGAUCCUCUUGAAUACAUCCGCCAAGGGAAAAGGACAGCGGAAAGGAAGAAGGCGUCAUUAGAAGCAGUCUUCACAUACUGGAGCGGGAACCUAAUAAUCAAACUUUUUGGCAUCAAGGUAGCAGCAGCUCUGUGCUAUGGUAUGUUCACUAACACCACCAUGUCAUUCUCAAGCAUGGUCGGGCCAGAUGAGAAGGUGGAGUUACGUGGCCAUCCAAUCGUCUACAUUGCCCCCUCUGUGUACGGGCAUCCACAUGCUCUGACUGUACAUUACCAAAGUUACAUGAACUCUGUCAAGCUUGUCCUGGCGGUGGAUGAUGCUCAGUUUCCAGAUUCCCAUCAACUUUUGGAUGACUUUUACGAGUCCCUCAGGCUUAUCCGGCAGGCAGCUUCAAUAAGAUGACAGAAAGAAACGAGACCCAUUUUUUUUCUAUAGAACGUAGAUUGGUAAGUCCGCAUAAAAAAUUCUUGGGCACCUACUGAUCAGGUAUUUGAUAACCUGGUUGCCUGGUUGGUGACUCCACGAUCUUUCACAAGUCACCAGGGAUGCAGUAGAUUAAUUUGUAAAGUGUAAAAAGUAGUAAAUAAUUGUACUGUUCUUGAC